CAGGAGACGAGGAGCACAUGGUACUUAUUCCUGCUUACUCUGGCCAUUGGAGGUCUCCAAAUAGCAUGGUCUGUCGAACUGUCCAACGGUUCGCCGUAUUUGCUUGGUCUUGGCGUGUCAAAGUCCGUACUGGCGUUCGUCUGGAUUGCUGGACCGCUUUCUGGCACGUUAGUACAACCUUACGUUGGCAUUCAAUCUGACCGCUGCCGGUCACGCUUCGGCAGAAGGCGACCAUUCAUGGUGGGAGGCGCAGUCGCCACCAUACUAUCUCUGAUGGCCUUGGCCUGGACUCGAGAGCUCAUCGGCGGUAUCCUGCGUGCUUGUGGGGUUCCUGAAGAUUCGCAAGCAAUGUUUACUGGACCUAUCGUCUUCGCCGUGCUUAUGAUCUACAUCCUUGACUUCUCUAUCAACGUGAUCCAGGCCGCUAUCCGAGCGUACAUUGUUGAUAAUGCACCAGCACAUCAGCAAGACAGCGCCAAUGCUUGGGCCUCGAGGAUGAGCGGCGGUGGCAACAUUAUUGGCUAUUUGUUUGGCUACCUCAAUCUACCCAAGUACUUCUGGUUCUUCGGUGACACGCAGUUCAAGGUCUUGUGCGUGGUCGCUUCGAUUGCGAUGAUUAUCACACUUGCCAUCUCCUGCAUUUCCAUCGGCGAGAGGGACCCAAAUCUGGAUGGCGAACCUGAGAAGCAAGAAGGUGGCGUCCUCACCUUCUUCUCCGAUCUCGGGCGCUCCAUGCGCAAACUGCCGACUCAAAUCAGCAGAGUCUGCCAAGUGCAGUUCUUUGCCUGGAUAGGCUGGUUUCCAUUCCUUUUCUACAUCACUACUUACAUUGGCGAAAUGUACACCCAGCCCAUCUACGAACGGAACCCUCACAUGAGUGACGAGGAAGCCGAGCGUGUAUGGGAGCUUGGCACGCGCAUGGGUACCAGAGCUCUUCUCAUAUUUGCGCUCACCACCUUCGCGGCGAGCGUCGUCCUGCCAUUCAUGAUCACCAGCACAUAUCGCAUCCCGGACAAAACGCCUGGAGGAGGUAGAACACCGUUGACGCCUGGCCCCAAAACACCAGGCACGCCCGGCUUCCGGCACCCUGACGAUUAUUUCGGUGCUUCUGCUCCGCCUCGCAACCCCGUCGUGCGCUUCUUCCGCAAAUUUGCAUCAAUCGGAGUACCAGGCCUCACACUCAGGCGCGCCUGGUUGCUCUCCCACAUCCUCUUCACACUCUUCACCUGGCUCACCUUUGUCGUCCGCGAUGUCACCGGCGCUACGGUCCUGACCGCCUUGAUCGGCAUACCGUGGGCCAUGACGAACUGGGCGCCUUUCGCUCUGAUAGCGGCAGAGAUCGCUAAGCGCGACAGCAUUCGUCGUGGCCUCAUCCCGCCACCACCCACGGAGGAAGGCGAGAUGCUUGCAAGUGGCGAGGAUGACAGCGAAGGGGCGGAUCAAGCCGGUGUCGUGUUGGGUAUACACAACGUGGCGAUUGCGGCGCCACAGGUCAUCGCUACGCUGGUGAGUAGUGUGAUCUUCAAGGCGUUGCAGAGGGGAAGAGAUCAAGGUGGGGACAAUAGCACAGCAUGGGUGCUGAGGUUUGGAGGGUUGGCCGCGCUUGUGGCUGCGUGGUUGACUACGAGAGUCGGCGAGGAGAAUGGAGAAUGA